AUGCAUUUCACAACAGUUCUCCUAGCCACCGUGGCUGCGGUCGCUGCCGCCCCGGCGAAGCGCCAGACUAUUGGUGCUCCCUGUGCAGAUGUCCACAUCUUCCUCGCUAAAGGCUGGAACGAGCCGUACCCUGGUCGACAAGGCAAGCUCGCUGGCGCCAUUUGCUACGAUCUGCCAUCUUGCGAUUAUGAGGAUAUUCAGUUCUGGAACCCACCUGAAGCAGAUUAUUACAGAUGUCCGGAUAGCAAAUUGAUUCUAUCGGGCUACAGCCAAGGUGCGAAUGUUGCAGGCGACAUCCUUGGUGGAGGCGGCGGGAACUUCGGUAACGAGUCCGUAUUCUGUACUGUUGGUACGAACCCUGGUUUGGACCCAGAGACGAGUCCUGGCAACAAGUUGGCUGCUGCUCUGAUCUUUGGUGACAAUCGACACGUCGCUGAUCAGCCAUACAAUGUGCUGUCCGGAGCUGGCAUCAAUGCUGACAACCCACGCUUCCCGGAAUCAUUGGCCAACAUGAACAAGUUCUCCGACAAGAUUCGAUCAUGGUGCGAUGCUACUGACCCGGUCUGCGCUGCUACUGGUCCAGGGCCAUUCAUCGUUGAGAAUCAUCUGAACUACUUCGACAUAUACACUGAUGAGGCGGCUGGAUGGGUGAAGUACAUGCUUACACUGUAA